CUUGAUACUUCUCAUAAACGUCUCCUCGAUUUACCUAAGCCAGUGCAAACACAAUCAUCUUUUAUUUCUUUAGAAAAUAGCAAUAAUGCAAGCAGACAAAUGUAAAACAAACAUUUUAAAAUGUAUUCAUGUGAUUUGCAAUUAAUUUUCCUUCAAGUACUUAUUUCCAUAUGAACUUUAUGGUAUUCAAUUAAGAAUUAGAUUACGCCCCGCCCACUUUGGGAGGAGCCUUUUAUGCAUAUUUACCUAUGAAUAUCAGAAUUUGUUUUUGAAUUUGAUACUGUCACAUGACCUUAAAAUAAACUCCAUAGUGCAAACUGCUUAGCAACAGCAAUCGAACAUUCGAAAGUGAACAUGUUUCUUACUUAGUUGAGCUGUUGAAUGUUCAGUUUGUUGGUUUAGUUGCUAAAAGACCGAUCAAGCACUUCAGAAGAUCACACUUUAGCUGUCGUCUCAAUAUCUAGAAAAUUAAAUAUUAAAUACAAGAGACAAGAAACAAGCCAAAGAAACAAGCCAAAAUAUCUGGGAAAAAUAAUGAAGGCGAGUUUAAGAAUUUUAAUAGUGGCAUUUCCAAUAUUUAUUUCAUUUUGCAGAGGAACAAUAACAUCUCCACCUUAUGGUCAAAAAUUUGUAUUUUUACCUGAAUCUUCUCACAAUAUAACUUGGACAUUAAAUGUUACUGGAAGGAUUAAUACAUGGGUUUGGAGUUUUACACCUUGUGGUUCAUCUUCCUCUCAACAACUUGCAAGAUUAUUUCCUAUUAGUGACACACCCGAUUAUUCGCCAUCACCUUUAACAUUUGAAGUUUUUAAACCUGGAAUUUUGUGGCUAAAGAAUACAAAUCAAAGUUACAAUGGUGAAUUUACAUUUACUGUUUUAACUUCUACUGGUACUACAUCAAGAAUAAAUGUUUAUAUUGCUGUGAAACCAAAUGUUGUACACAAUUGUUCAAAUCUUCUGGUUGUGAAUGAAGGUGAUAAUGUGUCAUGUGUAUGUAGAGGUGAAGGAGGUAACCCUCCUGCUAAUGUCACAUGGUUUGAUAAAAAUAACAACAUACUUGGUGAUGAUGUUGGAGUUGUCAGUAAGACAUCAGUAAUCACUAAUGUUACAAUGAAUGAUGGUGGAAAUUACAGAUGUAAAGCACAAAGUUAUAAUGAUCCACGUUUUAGAGAUGAAAAAUCCAUUGAAAUACUAGUGAAAGCUGCUUAUCCACCACAACAAACCAAUAUUACCAUCAGUCCAAUGUCAGUAAAAAAAGAUCAUAAAGUGACAAUAUUUUGUCUAUCAGAUGGUUAUCCUGAACCAACCUACCAAAUAUAUCAUAAUGGUACUGGUAAUAUGCGUGUUGUCAGUAAUGACAGGACAUACAUCAUUCAAUCUGUCAACUUCAAUAACGCUGGUUCAUAUCGUUGUGAAGCAAAGAAUAAACAUGGAAGUGAUUUAUCUGAUGUUAAAUAUCUUACUGUCAGCCGAGACCAACAAAGUUCUUCCAGUUCAUUGCCGACAAUGUCUUCGUCGAUGACCAUUUUGCCAUCAACUAGUUCCGCUCCAACUAAUAACGAAUUUAUCAAAGUUCGCAAAGAUGGCGAUGGUGUAUCAAACAUCGGUCUUAUCAUUGGUAUUGUCGUUGGAAUGUUGUUCCUUCUCGCCAUUCUAGUUGUCAUUUUCUGCUGUUAUAAAUCAAAGCAAAAAAAUGGAUACCAAUUCAAAGAUGAUUUUAAAAUCACAACCGAAAAAAGAAUCAAAAAGUCCCUCUAUCUUGACAUGGAUUGUUUCAUACACAGGUCAUCAAAGACCUGUGGUACCUAUCAAAACAGUCCCAGAUACAAAAUUAGAAACGACAAAAAUUUACAACAAAAACAAAACGCUUGUAUUUCUACAAGUGUUUUUGGCUCCACAUGAAACACUUUUGAAUCAUGUGACGAUACUUCCUUCAGGUAAGUUAGCCUUAUCAGGAAUGAUUUUGCUGCGAAAAUUAUGAUCUAAAAUUAUGAUCUUUCCUUAUCUUUGAUAAGUGCUUUAGGCAAUUUACUAAACAGUAUAGUUGUUACAAUCUAUUGAUAAAACUUAGAGACGCAUUUUGAUGCAAAUAGUAUUAGUAAUAUUUUUAAAAUGCAGGAAUUCUUACCUGAAUAAUUAGAACUUGAGGAUACUUUUAUAUUAGUAUUACUUUAUUAUCUAAAUAUCUGCACAAAUGCAAAAUAAACUUACACGUAAACAUAGGCCUAUAGGAACAGAUUUAAAUUUUGGAGGGGUGAAAAUGAAUUAAGUGGCUGACUUGAUAAGAUUGUCUCUUUCGUCUUCAAGUAUAACUCUGUACAAGCGCAGCACUUGUAGAAAGUUAAGAAGUGAUCUUUAUUGUUUAGUUGUAUUUCAUUACAACUCAUUCUAUAAUUAAUGCAACAAGCAAGUGUCACAGAAUAGAUAUAUACAGAAGCGCCACUCGAUGUCGGAACCUUUGAUGUUCGUGUCCGCAGCAUCCGGGCAACUUUACACGGCGGCCAUGUUUCCAGCCAGAUAAAUGCAGCCAGAUCGCAAUAUAAUAUAUAGUUCUACGGAUGGGUUUUGGCAAAUAAACCCAAAUAUUUCUAUAGAUUGGCCAUUUUUUUAAUAUUUUUUGUGUGGAUACAGUUAACACAUCAAGCUCUCAACAAUUUAUCAUUAAUUCGACGUCCGUUUUGAUAAAUGAGGGUUUAUUCGGAAUAUUUACAAAGUAGAUAUGUAUCUGACGAGAUGCGUACUCGGUAUAUGGUUUGUCGUCAGUUUUAAUUUUAUCAUAUAAGAAUUCUGCAGAGAAUCUUGAAGACAUUUGUUCUAACAUUUGAAAUCUCGGUCGUGGCUGAAACAAGUGACAAAUCAAAUUAUCCUCCAGUUAAGUUUAUAUAUUGCAAACAACGUUUGGCAGGACAUUCGAAUCACCAAAAUUGUCUACCCAGGUGUUUUAAACUAUCAGAAGCGAUGCUGCAUGGCCACUAUGAAAGUCAUCUGAUGCCAAAAUAUUUUGUAUUCAUCACAGUUGUGACUUGUGAAGCUUGAAUGACUUUUUGAGCAAGUUGGAACAUAAGCAGCAGCAUGUUGGCCUCCACCAAUAAAGUGCUUGAAUAGCAAUUUGUAAAACAUAUACUGCCAUAUAGUCCACAUGACUUAACUUUGUUAUUUCUGCCUUUUUAAAUUCAAUCAGGAGAUUAUUUAUAUAUUUGACAUGGAUGCUUAUUGAUGAUGUGAGAAGUGAACAUAAAAAAGCUUCCUGAAUGCUUUUGUGAAUUGGAUUGGUGUUGGCUUGGCAGUUUCCCCCAGUCAAAUGUUUUAAAAAAGUUUUCUGGUGUAUCUGUGUUUCACCUUUUGGUAAACAUUUUACUGUGUAAAGUAUUACGAUUUAAAUAAUGGCAUUAAGAGUAACUAUAACUGGUUUUUGUCAGAAUAAGUUCUGUUUGUGACAUGAUUACUUACAAUAAAAAUUUUAAUUUACUGAA